AUGUAUCUGGUCACUUUGAUUACGUGUGUGCUGUGGAACCCCUUACACACUAACUCCAAAAGUGUCACUGACAUAGAAAACAACUUAAUUGACACUUAUAGGGUCAACAGUUUGAGCGAUGAGUUGAGAAACAGUGAUUUUUUGGAUUCUGGAGAAUUCCGAAUCAGACCCCUUACACUGCACAAAACAACAGGCUGUAAUGCACAAAUGAGAGGGGACCUUGAAGCUGCAAUUGAGACACUUGAUAUGAUGAGAACCCAAACUUUCCUCGCGGAAUUAUCAAAUUCAUCCUUCACCCUUUCAUACAAAGGAAACAAGGAUAAAUUGUUCGGUAAAUUUUACCUCCCCAAGAUACACACGCCUCUCGAAACUAUCGUCUCCAGUAGAACUUGCUGGAGACUCAAGUAUAAUGAAAAUCCACUCAUUUUAUGUGCAAAAAACACAAACCAAAGGGAUGCUUGGAUGUCUGCAAUUAUUAAAGCUAUUUAUUGCAAUGCAGCUGGCAAAUCCAUUGGAAAUGACAAUGCCGCAAAAGAUGCCACAAACAAAAAUGAAUUGGACAAAUUUGAAUUACCAAAACAUUCUAUUGUAGACAAAAUUAAACACAAAGUUGCAACAGUACAUGAAAAUAUACCCACACACGACAGUGGAUUGACGGAGAUCGACAUAAAGAAUUUACUGUCAGGCUCACCACUUAUCACUGUUGACGGGGAGGAAUUUCCGCAGACUGACCAUUUGACUAAGAACGUUGAUAAGAAUUUAGAAGGCACAAAACCUUCUGAGAUUGGAAUUGAAAGGGCAAUUAAACCGCACGGGGUGAUGUAA